AUGGGGCUCUCCACCGUCACCGCCGCACGCAUUCUCGCCGGGCAGCGCCUCGGAUCGUCCGGCGAGGACCACCACCUCACCUGGGACCGCUUCCCCGCCACCGCACUCGCCAGGACGUACAACGCCGACGCUCAGACGGGCGAGUCUUCGGCGUGUGCGACGGCGCUGCUGUGCGGAGUGAAGGCGAACCGAGAGACGGUGGGGCUGGACGCGCGCGCGCGCUUCGAGGACUGCCCGUCCAGCCACACGUCGCGCGUGCCGUCGCUGCUCUACUGGGCCCAACGCAAAGGCAUGGCUACAGGCAUCGUGACGAACACACGCGUGACGCACGCGACGCCCGCUGCCCUGUAUGCCCACUCGGCUAGCCGCUAUUGGGAGGACGACUCCAAGAUGUCGCCAGCCACGCGAAAGAUCUGCAAGGACAUCGCAAGACAGCUCGUCGAAGACACACCAGGUCGCAAUAUCACGGUGGUGCUGGGCGGCGGGCGGCGACACUGGCUGCCGAGGGAGGCGCGCGACCCGGAGCUGGACGCUGAGGAGGGCCGCCGGCUGGACGGCCGCAACCUGAUCGAGGACUGGCUGCGCGACAAGAAGCGGCGCGGCCUGCGCGCCGCCUAUGCCUGGAACCGCCAGCAGCUCAACCGGCUCGCGCGCACUCCGCUGGACCACCUCAUAGGACUGUUCGCGUACUCGCACCUGGACUUCGAGGCGGACCGUGACACAGGUCCCGAGGGCGACCCGUCGCUCGCCGAGAUGGCGUUAGCCGCGCUGCAGCUACUGCGCCGCAGCCCCGCCGGAUUCUUCCUCUUCAUAGAAGGCGGACGCAUCGAUCACGCGCACCACUACAACAACGCGUACCGCGCGCUGGACGAGACGCUGGCGCUGGAUGCUGCGCUGUCCGCCAUCCUGCCGCUGGUGGACCUGCGCGACACGCUGGUCGUCGUCACGGCCGACCACUCGCACGUGCUCACCAUGGGCGCGCUCAACGCGCCGCGCGGCAACCCCAUACUCGGUGAGUUCAGACACAGUUUGGGAAAUGGGGGAAAAAGGUAA